GUUUCUCAUACUCUUGAAUUCCAAGAAACACCAGAAAUCAAGAAAGCAGCAAUGGCGUCCGAUCAAGAUGAAGAAACGACUGAAUUUCUCGGGUUGAGGCAACAACUGAAAGAAUUAAUCCGAACGAGGAAUCGGGGAAAUCUUGCUGGUUUCUCAAUGAAUGUAGUAGAAAGAAUGAAGAAACUUCCAUGUGAUAAUUAUGGAUCGUUCUUUGGCCCUUCUCAGGCAACGAUUUCAAAAAGAGUAAUGGAAGAAUCCAGAGUUUGGCAGAAAGAAAACUUGGACUCUAUAUCCAAAAUCUUGCUGGCUUCUAUGAACAAGUCUUCGGAUUCAUUGAAGAAACAAAAAGACUCUGCUUCGUCAAUAACUGAGAUGAAAAAGAAGAUUGAGCAACUUAAGAUGUCGAGGGAUUACUCCUUUCUGCAUGAUGAUGGCGCAAAGCUUCCACCUGUUUCUGAUAUCAAAGAUGCCUCUACUCAAGGCUCUGAAGCCUUGAAGAGCAAGCAAGCAUUGGGUAACAAUGGGAGGCAACAAGUCAAAGGUGUAUAUGAUGAUGCAAAGCUUCCCCCUGCUCUCACUGAAGUCCAGGUUGCCUGUGGAAAAGGAAAACUGGUUUCUUUGAACAGUGUUAUGCAUUCUAAAGCUGGGUCUGGGAACUCGAGUUCUGCUUGGAAAUUCAACUCAACAUCAAUCGAUUCUAAGAAGCAGCUCAACCUCAAAACUCGAAUCAAGCCUGCAAAAUCAAAAGCUGUGGAGAAGAAGCAAUCUGGAAAAACCCCACCAAAUCCACACAAAGAAGCCUCUUCAGAUCAGAUGCAGUCCAAUCCAAAACCAAACCUCGAAGUUAAAAUUAAGUUGAAUCAGCCAGUACCAUUGUUGGAGCCUCAGGAUAACAAGGCAAUAAAGUAUGUCUCAUCUCAAGUUAUGCGUCAAGUUCACCGACCCAAGAAGAGGCCACCAUCUGAAAGUGAAAAGGCUAUCGAGGCUGUCAGGGAAAUGUUUAAUACCAAGAGAUUUGCUAAUCGUGAUGAUCGUGAUGAUGGAAAUAUGGAAGCUAACUUUGAUGAUAUCAUGAAGGAGGAGAGGAGAAGUGCUAAACUUGCAAGGAAAGAAGAUGCAGAACAAUUACGGUUAAUAGAGGAAGAGGAACGGAGGAAGAAGUUGGCAAAGAAGCCUAAGUUGUGCCACAAAACUCAGCAAAAUCCUUAAACUAUUCCUAAGCUGAUCACACGGUAGAAGAGCCACAGUCAGCUGGCUUUGCUGGAGCUAAACACAUUUGAAGAAAACAAU